CAUCUGCUUCUACCUGAACUCGAUCACACGCUGGUCAUCAUGUCUGAAGGCAGCAGGACGGUGGAGGAUGUGAGGAACCUGCUGCACUCCUGGAGAGGCCUGGACGCUCAGCGCAUGGUGGACUUCUACAACAGGUGGGCGGAGACGUACGACCAGGACAUGAGCGUGCUCAGCUGGAGAUCUCCACAGAUGGUCGUUGACUUCCUGUGUGACAACUUCUGCGGCAGCCGAGAGGAGGCUCGGGUCCUGGACGUCGCCUGCGGCUCUGGACUCGUUGCUAAAAUGAUGUUUGAGCAGGGCUUCAGACACUUUGUGGGAGUGGACGGCAGUGAAGUGAUGCUGCAGAAAGCUGCAGAGAGCGGACUCUACCAGGACCUGAGACUGGCCUUACUGGGGACAGAACCACUACCAGCACAGAUUGGUGCGUUUGAUGUGGUGGUAAUCAUCGGCGCUCUACGUGAAGGUCACGUGCCGCCGUGUGUCUUCAGGGAGCUCUGCGCUGCCGCCAAACCAGGAGGAUACAUCUGCUUGUCUCGGUCGGACUCAAAGUCUCAGUAUGGAAAGAAAUACGACGAGUCUGUGAUGAAGGAGCUGCAGUGGAUGGAGACGGAGAAGCUGUGGACUCCUGUAGACGUCAGAGACAUGAACCAGUACAUGAUCGACUUCCACAACCAGCAGGACCAGCAGCAGGACCAGUUCCUCACUGGGACCAUGAACCUCUACAGGAAGCCCCUCAGUUAGCCUUCAAGUGUUCAUUUCAUCAUUCAUGGUAUUCAAUAAACGUUGUGAUAACUGACACGAUGAUUUAGUGAGAAUCAGCAAGAAAGAAAAUAUAUCAGAUUAUCUACUAAAAGGUCAAAUGUUUCAUAUGUUGAAUCCUGAAAACUAAAAGUAAUGUUUUCUAAAAACCUUCGUUAACAAGUGAUUAUCAAUAAAUCAAUGGAUCAAAGCAGCAGAGUGUGUUUUACUGUAUUAACAUGUAUAAAGUCGCCUGAAAUAAAUAUGUGGAAUUACUAAAUAAAAAUAAUAAUAUCAUAUUUAUAUGUUCAUUUAUUUAUUUUAAUAUAACAUUAUAUGACAAUCCCUAAUAAAGAGUGUCUUUCUUUGUGAGUUUUUAUGGAUAUUUCUGUUUAUUAUU